AAAUCUCUGUGACAAAUCCAUCUGUGAUUGUCAAUUCAAACUAUUCACUCUUAUCUGACAGAUUUUUAAUUUUUCACUCCACAUUUUCCAGUUGUGGGUUGUAGAUAAGUAGGAAAGGGAAUUCUCGUAAGUAUAAACCGGUUUGUUUUGUUUGUAAUAAAUUUCCAAUUUUACUUUUCACUCGAAUCCUUCCAUUUGUACUUCGUUUAGUUAAUCAAUUAAACUAGGACAUAUGGGAUUUGUAUGCGUUGAAUAAACAAAAACGAGCAUUUUAUUAUAAUCGAAGAUAAGAGAUAACCAUUAUUCGUAUGUACUUAUCGUGCGAUUGCGAUUUCUGUUUGAACGGAAUGUGGAUUUAAAGUAGUGAUAGAAAUUCCAAAUUCGAUGCCAGUUGAAGUUAAAGCGGCUCCGUCGAAGUGUCGCCUGUGCUAUCUCUGUGCUCUUCAUCUUCGCGUUUCCAAUAAAUAAAUAAAUAAAACUACGAAAUUUUUCAUUUCGCUGCAAUGACUUCGAUCAUUCGGAACGAAUCGAGAAAAUUGCUGGGCGUCGUUUUGUCGAAAAACGCGCCGACGUUAGUUAAAAAUUUCAGCGUGUCGAGUGCUAGAAGAAUGAGAUUCGUGCAGUACCGGCUGAAGAAAGGGGGCCCCCAGCAACUCGGGGCGCAGAUUUCCUCCAACGGGGACAUAUUCGACAUCAGCGGCGUAGACCAUUCGAUUCCUAACAGUUUGGUGAAGUUUUUAGCGAACGGUAAUGGCAUUUACGAGAAGGCUAAAAGGAUAGUAGCAGAUGGUAAAUCCAUCACCCCUUUAGACGAUGUAGACCUCCUACCGCCCAUUACCAAACCAGAUAAAGUAGUCUGCGUAGGUCUAAACUACUCGGGUCACUGCGAAGAGCAGAACAUCCCCAGGCCCAAGGAGCCCAUGUUCUUCAGCAAAUUUUCCUCCGUAAUCGUAGGCCCCAAUGACGAUGUGCAAAUACCACCAAUAACCAACAGCGUGGACUGGGAAGUGGAGCUGGCGGUGGUGAUAGGCAGAAAAGGAAAGGCGAUCAGCCAGCACGAGGUGAAAGAUUACAUAUUCGGGUACACCGUGGCGCAGGACAUAAGCGCUCGAGACUGGCAGAAAUCCAGGAACAACGGGCAAUUCCUGCUGGGCAAGUCCAUGGACACGUUCUGUCCGUUGGGACCAGCCGUGGUGACCAAGAACAAAGUCGAUCCGAACAAUUUAUCGAUCAAAUCGUGGGUGAACGGGGCUUUGAAGCAGAACGGCAACACCUCCGAAUUGAUUUUUAAAAUCGACUUUCUCGUGUCGUAUUUAUCGCAGAUUGUUACUUUGUAUCCUGGUGAUGUAAUUCUGACGGGUACUCCUGCUGGAGUCGGUAUGCACAGAAGUCCACCGGAGUUUUUGAAGAAAGGGGAUGUUUUGGAGAGCGAAAUCGAAGGUAUCGGACGAUUGCGGAACGUUGUGGUUUAGUUGUGUAUUUUAUUAAGUAUCAUUAUAUUUUUAAAUAAAGCUUGAUAUUCAAAUUGUUAUUAA